AUGUUGCUCACCCUGAAUCCCUCCUCCCAGAAUGGGAUCCAACGUUCCCAUGAGCAUUCGCGCUUCCGAAAACUGCGCUCUCCCUCGCCCUCUAUAGCCGCACCCGAUCCUCCCGCAUUGGCACCUGCACCUGCAGCGCCGUCAAGGCCAGCGGACCCUUCCUCGAUGGACUUCUCGCGCAAUAACUUACCCCGUCCUUCCUUGACCUUACCCCCGCCAGAUGUCGGCUUCGCUAGUAUUCCUUCGACCGCGGCUUCCGCGAACCAACAACUACCGCCGCCUCCUUCGCAAUGGCAGAGCUCUAGCUCCGAUGAUGCGAUGCACCAUUGGCUCCAAGCCAAGGCUGAAGAGGACCGGAGAAAGCAAGAGGAAGAAAAGACGCGCCAGGAGACAUUGCGUCUGGAGCAGCGGAGGGUUGAGGCGAGCAUGCUUCGGGAUUCCUUGAUCGCCGGUGUUCCCCCGCAAAUCAUUCCGCUUGUCUUUGCCGGGAUAUGCCAGAAUGGUCUGCCUCAGCCGGUCCUGGAGCUGGCUCAACAAUACCUAUCUCAGGCCCCCGCUACACGCGGGCCAAAUCCACAGGCUCCUCCACCGGCCCCGUCGCAUACGCAUUCUGUAACCAGCUCUCAUUCUCGACGGCCUUCUAUGCAUGUUCGGCAGGACUCUCGUACUGGCCUCCAUCAUGCAGUGCCUCCGCCGCCGCCGCCGCCGCCUCCCAAUAUCCUUUUAUCUCAGAAUGCGCCGCCGAAUAUCACUACCCCGCCUACCCCUCAAGUGCCUGGCCGACGCUCCGUGCCUACUGGGCCUUCUGAUACUCGAGCUGGAACAAAUCCAUGGGUCAACCAUGCUGGAGUUCAAGCCCAGUCGAGCCAGAUAAAUAUGGGCAAUGUACAGUAUGCCCCUGGCUCAUCGCUUCCUGUUAGCCAGGCCCCUCGAAGACUCGAUUCUCAGUCGCGUCGAUCACCUCCGUCACUAUAUUUCCACCAUUGGGUCCCGCCUGCUCAACAACAACCUGGCGUCACGGCCGGUAAGGCUCAUGGAGAGUCUCCAGCUCAUAGUAAUCCCCGUCGCUCAGAGCAUUAUGCCUCCCCAGGAAGAAAAAGAAAGGCUUCUGGCGCCCAUCAGCCCGCUCCGAUCCCAUCUGCUCCGCCGUACGAAUCGCUUACUGGUAUAAUUCAGACUUCACGGGCAGGAUCACCAAAGAACGUCGAGCAGCAGAUGAAGCAGCUGGGACGCAGCCAUCGACUUAGCGACACAUCGGCCGGUCACGCAGAUUACCAUUUAGGAAAGGUCAAAGUAGAACAGUUUGGCACCAUGAGCCCAUCUCGAGUUGCUUCAGCGUUACCUGGAUAUACGCUAGCUAAGGGUCAAGCUUCGGCAGACCGGAGACGCAGCAGGAAUUCAUCGCCGGCAGAUGGCGCUGACAAGAAUCUCCCGCGGACGCUUCAAGAUGCGUACCCUUCAAAUGUUGAAUAUAGGCGGCGUGAUCCUGAUGCUGAAGGUAGCUCCCAUACAUUUCCCACGUCAGAAGCUCCGGUAGCUUCCUCCCAACCCCGUGACGCUGCUGGUGGGUAG